CUCGGCGUGCCGUCACGUGACCGCGAGUGGAGUGCGGCGUUGUCAAGUGUUGCGUGGAGGGUCAGUGUUUGUGACCGUGGCGCCGCGGGCCUGUCUGUGUCUGUGUGGCUCUACGCCUCUGUGAGAGUAACCCUCACUUAUUGGAAAAUACACCUGAACAAGUGCAUUCUAAGAUAUAGUUAAGCAUUAAGUGCAUAAAGUGGAUGAGGUUCACAAGUGAGAUAGUGCGUGAGAGUCUGAGAAAUUAAUAAUAAAAGUCGUUCUCCCGUGCGGGUGGAAUACACUACCUAACUGUGGAUGGGAUAACAUACCUAAGGACAUGGAUUAUACUCUGCCUCCUCACUGAGCCAGACUCCUCCGUAGCCCGCCAUGACCACCACUACCUCUUGUAGACGCCCAGGAGUCGGUGGAUUAUGAUUGGACGAGAGGACGCGGCGGCCAACCAUUCAUGGAGCGCCAAUGACAUGAUGAGUUUAUCGCGGUCGGGCACACACAAACGCGCCAGACAUCAACACAGAACGGGCACCUAAGUACUAACACCAAACCUAGGGGGGGGUAUGCGUGGCACGGUGAAGCAGGGAAGCGGGGGCGGAGGGGGGGUUAAGGAGGAGGCCGGAGGAGGUGGAGGAGGCGGAGGAGGAGGUGGAGGAGGAGUCAAGUCAGGUGGAGGAGGAGGGGGCAGGAGGAGCAAGGCGAACCACACCCACGCCCCCACCCUCACCUCCACCCCCACCAUUAAGCAGGAGGUCGUCACAGAGGUGAAGCCAGACCCUGAUGCCACCACCACAACAGCCGCUGCCAGCACCACCACACCCUGCCUCAAUGGGGAUGAUCCUAACCCCAAGACAGCCCCAUCCUGCCCUUCCAACAAUAACAACAACACCAGCGCCAACAACAACAAUAACAAGGGGGCAGCCACUGCAAAGGUUAAAACAGAGAUAGCCAAUGGAGGGCCAGAGGGCGACACCAAGCCGAGCACUUCAUCCAUCACUACCACCACCACCACCAUCACCACAACCACCACCACCACUACCUCCACCACCACAACCACUACAACACCACCACACACCAAUGAAGGUUGUGGGGUGCUGUGCGAGGCGGAGGGUGCCAAGGUGGGGGCGGUGUGUGGGGGAGUGCCCACCCUCGACGGCACCUCACUGUCACACCUCCACACUGCAGAUGGCACUGAUGGAGGGCUUGGGGGAGGGAUGGGGGCACUCGGGGUCAAGGGUGGAACUGGGGCUGGGGCCGGGGUGUCCACCAGCGAUGCACAGUACAUGCAGCAGCAAAGUCAGAUCUUUGUGUUCACCACACACCUGGCCAACAAGGCAGCUGAGGCAGUGAUGCAAGGCUCCUUCAACACCAUCAUAGCCUUCCACUGUGCUCAGCCCGGCACCAAGAAGCUUCUCGAGAAGCAUCCACUCAAGACCACACAGUUUGUGCGACACAACCCACCACAUUGGCUCAACACAUUUGCCAUGAAAGGCAACAAAGGGGGCCACAUGAAAGGACCCAUGGUUCCAAAUGGCCCCAUGAUGGCAAAUGGACCAAUGGGACCAGGUCCCAUGGGCCCCUGUGGGCACAUGGGACCAGGGGGUGAUAUGGGACCUAUGGGCGGCGAUGGCGUCCCCAGCACAAUGGGUCCGGGAGACAUGGGCAGCCCUUGCAUGAUGGGCCCUGGUGGUCCCGGCAGCAUGAUGGGGCCAGGACCCAAUGGUGGCCCCGGCAUGAUGGGGCCAAGGGGACCCGGGAUGAUGGGUCCUGGGGGCCCUGGACCAGGCAUGCCUCCUGGUGCUGGGGGCCAGAUGGUGAUGUCCAUGGUGGGACCCAAUGCUCAGAGAGUUCCUGGUGCUCCGUCAGGGGUCAAAGUUCCAGACGACCACCUGACACCCGAGCAGCGUCAGCACCGGGAAGAACAGAUGGCAAGGAUACGUCACAUGCAGGCGCUGCUGCUGCCGGAAUUACACUCCCCGAGCCAACCCGAGGGGGGACCCACCUCCCAGCCUUCCUGUACAGGAGGCCCCCCAACCUCCACAGGGAUGCCUUGCUCCCAGAGUCAAGCUCCCUCAGUGUCACAGACCUCCCAGGCAGCCUCAACCUGCUCCCAGUCAACGCCAGUCACCUGCAUGGGACCUUCUCCUGUCACGGGCAUGGGUCCCUCGCCUGGCAUGGGACCAAGUCCUGGCAUGGGGCCUUCCCCUGGCAUGGGACCCAGUCCUGGAAUGGGGCCAAGCCCUGGUAUUCCUAAUACCUCCAUGGGUCCAGGGCCUGGAAUGGGUCCUGGCAUGGCCCCUGGUCCAGGCAUGGGGAUGUCCCCCAACAUGAUGGGUCCUGGGGGUCCAAACAACAUGGUGUCCCAGAGUGGGGUGAUGAUGGGCCAGGGACACAUGGCCAAUAAUAUGAUGAUGACCUCACAGGCCAACAUGAUGGGUGGCCCAAUGGGCCCUGGAAUGAGGAUGGGUCCAGGAGGACCUCAAUCUAUGAUGAUGGGGGGACACAACCCUGCCUCCUCCAUGGCAGCACAGGCAGAGUGGCAGCGCCUGCAGGCUGAGUUCUUUGAGAGUAAAAGAAAGAAAGGUGGGCCAGGGUGCCCUGAUGGUUCAAUGGGACCCAUGGGUCCUAUGGGUCCAAUGGGUCCUGGAGGUCCUAUGGUACCUGGAGGUCCAAUGGGUCCUGGUGGUCCAAUGGGACCAGGAGGACCUAUGGGGCCUGGUGGACCAAUGGGCCCAGGUCCAAUGGGUCCAGGUGGGCCAAUGGGUCCAGGUGGACCUAUGGGUCCUGGUGGGCCAAUGGGUCCUGGUGGUCCUAUGGGACCCAAUGGCCCAAUGGGGAUGGGUGGCCACAUGGUUGGAGGUCACAUGAUGCCAGGAGCAAUGGGUGGAAAUAUGGGCCCCGGUGGCAUGCGGCCCAUGGGCCCUGGGGCACGCAUGCAAGGGCCGCCUCCUCCCUACCAUGGUCCCCGGCCAGUGGGCAAUGGUCCGCUGCCAUCGCCUGGGUCACCCUCCAUGUGUGCCAUGACCUCACCUCGCAUGCCAGGGGGUGGACCGGGGGGAGGGCCGGGCAUGCGAAUGAUUGGCCCUGCAGACUCCCCAAGACCCUUGCAUCCCAGCAACCCUCCAACCCCAGUGAGUGGGCCUCCCAUCACCAGCCCCUCCCUACAGCACACCAAGGACCAGCAGCCACACACACCACAGUCAGGUGAAACAUCCUUUGGGAGACAACUACAGACUUUGGCCCAGCAAAAACAUCAGCAAGCAAAUCAGCAACAACAACAACAACAACAACAACAACAACAGCAGCAGCAGCAGCAGCAGCAGCAGCAACAACAACAACAACAACAGCAGCAACAACAACAACAACAACAACAACAACAACAACAACAGCAGCAGCAGCAGCAACAACAACAACAACAACAACAGCAGCAGCAGCAGCAGCAGCAACAACAACAACAACAACAACAACAACAACAACAACAACAACAACAACAACAACAACAACAGCAGCAGCAGCAGCAGCAACAGAUGCAACAAGGAGGAACAGCAGGAGGGAAGGAACCGAACCUGAUGCCUGUUCCUUCGCCUCAGCAGAUCCAGUACCUCAGCACCUUUGAAGGACAAGAGCUCACGAUACAGAAGCAGCCCAACACCAGCCUGCGGGACUCUGACAUUAUGUCUCCGAUGGGAGAUACAAGUGUAGGUGAUGGGAGUCGCCUAUCCGGGCCGGGAACACCCUUAGGUGGUCCCACCACUCCCCUCACACCUUCCUCAGAGCCCCAGCCAAGGUUUACUGGUCCUAACACUCCUGAUCGCUUCCCUGUGCCCUCGCCGGGGAUGGCUGUGCCUUCAGCCCCCCACACUCCACAGGGUCCCUCAGAGAGCAAAGGGACACAGCAGCAGCAGCGGUACACAGGUCCCUCACCGCAAGGUCCCGUGCAGCCCUCCACCACCACCACACCCACCAACAGCAGCAGCAAUAAUAGUAGUAACAGCACCACCACCCCAAGCACCACUGCCAACAGCAGCACCACCACUCCGACCACCACCACCAACACUGCCACCAGCCAGGGGGGGCCCAAAACCCCCUCCAUGGAUGGCAGGUUUCCAGUGCCAUCCCCCAAGACUCCAAGCAUGUGUAGUGGCCCCACCACUCCCAGUGGACCUGAUGUGCCUCGCUUCCCUGGGGCCUCCCCCCUCCAGGCCAGCUGUAGCAGCACCCCAACAGCUGACAUGGCCCCAAUGGGUACCCGCUUCCCUGGCCCCACGAUAGCCCCAGCGGGGAACACCACAAACAACCAGAUGAUGGGGAAGAUGGGCAGUGGGUUUUCCAUGUCUCCAGGCAAGAUGGGGACCAUGGACAUUGGUGGGGACUUCCACAAUCCCACAGCUGCCAACCUUCCCCUCAACCCCAACUCCAGCACUCCAGGAGGCCUGCCACCAUCUGGUCCAGGCAAGGUGUUCGACCCAAUAUCCUCCAUGGCCCAGAUGAGUCAGCAGUUGACCUCUGGGACGUCUGGUUCCUCACCCCCUGUGUCCUCGGCCCCAACACCCACCAUGGCCACCCCUACUGGCCCUUCCAUGGGAGCCAGUGGGCCAUCUGGACCAUCAGGGCCUAACAUUGGCAGUGCGCCGGGUAUGCCUGGUGGCCCAGGCCUUCCUGGUGGCCCUGGCCCUGGUGGCCCUGGCCUUCCUGGUGGCCCUGGCCUUCCUGGUGGCCCUGGAAUGCCUGGUGGUCCUGGCCUUCCUAGUGGACCAGGUAUGCCUGGUGGGCCUGGCCACCCAGGUGGACCAGGACUGCCAGGUGGACCUGGCCUUCCUUGUGGACCUGGAAUGCCAGGGGGGCCAGGGAUGCCAGGUGGCCCAGGAAUGCCAGGUGGACCCAAUAUGCCUUGUGGACCAGGGAUGCCCGGUGGACCUACCAUGGCAGGUCCAGGGAUGAGUGGAGGCCCCAACAUGACUGGAGGUCCAGGCAUGAGUGGGGGUCCCAACAUGGGGGGUGGACCAGGCAUGCCGGGGGGUCCAGGAGGUGCCAUGAUGGAGGGUGGGGGUCCUGGGGGAAUGAUGGGCAUGCCACCAGUGUCUUCAAGCCCCGGCAUGAUGCAGUCCCACAGUGCCAUCUCCUCUCCUGUGUGCAGUGGUGGGGGACCUCGGGGCACCUCUCCCAGCAGCAUGGCCAUGAUGGGGGGCCCCAACCCUCGCAUGACCGUCCCCAACAGUAUGGUGAGGCCGCCGGCCCCCAACUGCACUACAGCGGGGCCAUACUCCGGGGCCAAUGUGCAGGUGAAGCCCAGCGCCCCCAACACUAUCCAGUACCUGCCAGCGCGGCCACAGAAUAAUGGCAACGGCCCGCGCGGCCCACCCAGCCUUGACUUCCUGCCCAGGUUCAGCAACCCCAACGUGGACAACAAAGGAGCCAACACAGCCAUGUUCCCCAGCAGCAGCACCCCAAACUCAAUGUGUGGCCCCAGCGUGCCAAUGUCAACAAUGGCCAUGAGUGGCCCAUGUGGGCCCAUGACAGGCCAUAUGUCUGGACCUAUGAAUGGUCCAGGCGGACCAAUGGGUGGCCCAGGUGGACCAAUGGGCGGCCCCGGUGGACCUAUGUGUACAAUGUCUGGGCCAAAUGGUCCUAUGGUGAAUAUGAGUAACAUGAGUGGACCCAAUGGACCCUUUAUGUCAGGACCAGGAGGACCUAUGCCAGGACCUAAUGGUCCCAUGGGCAUGGGUCCUAAUGGUCCAAUGGGUGGACACAUGGGAGGGCCAGCUGGAAUGAGUGGACAUAGUGGGCCUAUGAUGGGUCCCAAUGGCCCCAUGGGUGGGCCCAGUGGACCCAUGAUGGGCCCCAAUGGACCAAUGGGAAUAAACCCGAGCAUGAUGAGUGGUGCAGGAAUGGGACCGGGGGGCCAGAUGAUGGGACCCAGAGGCGGGGCUCCCAUGAUGCGUGGCCCCAGUCCAGGGGGAAUGAUGGGGGGCAUGGGUAGUGACAUGUAUUCCAUGGGGGGUCCAGGGCCUAACAUGAGUGGGGGGCCUAUGUCUGCGGGUCCUGGUCCCAAUCCUAAUGGCCCCAACCAGAUGAUGGGAGGUUCAGGUCCCAUGUACAGCUCCAAGACCUCUCCCGUCAACAUGAACAUGGGAGGUCCCAUGGGGGCAACGCCAGACACUGCCCAGCCCCUGCCUCCCUCUAUGGGCCAAUGCAGCUUCAAGAAUUCACCCUUCAUGGGACCCACCACUGCUGACCCCACCUAUGCUGCCCAGUUCCACAGCUUCCAGCAGCAGCUGUAUGCCACCAACACUCGUGGAGGGCCAAACAUGGCCAUGUCCGGAGCCAUGGGUGGCCCUGGAGGGCCUGUGGUGACGGGGCCGGGGGGGCCGGGCAUGCCUGGCCCUGGGCCCAUGCCUGGCCAGAGCUUCCCGUUCAAUCCCAAGUGAGGCACGGGUAAACUACCUCACAGGUGACCUGGUGCUAACAGCUGCCGCCCAGCACACUCACCACUAUGCAACUCCUCCCCUCCCCUGUGGCGGUGGUGGUGAUCCUGCUCAAGUGUGGUGGUGGUGGCGGCGGGGCAGCAGAGGCGGCCCCGCCCCGCCCACCCGUGUGCCCGUCCAGUGGUGGGGUCGCCCCCCCGCCCCGCACAGUCCACUCAGUUCUCACUCUUCAGGGCAACAUGUCAGUUUGUAGUUUGGAUACUGUUAAUGGGGUGCUUUGUAGUGUAAGUUAUUCUUGCUCUGUUCACUGUCUCUCCUCCAGUGGUUGUUGACUGCUUCAAGGGUCAUGGUCAGUGCAGUGCCGGGGCAGCCGGGCCUCACAGGGCCAGGCUUGGCCCCGCCCGCUCAAGUCUGGACUAUUAUUGACGUAUCACAGUGGUCAUUGUGGUCCCCCCCUCCCCAGUGGCUGCGGUACUCCCCUCCCCCAAAGUGGUGCCCUGUGGCCCUUUGCUGCAUGAUGGUGCAGCUACAAGACAGACAGCACUGAAACAAAACAAACUGGGUUACGCUUGUUAUGAUAAUGAUUAACUUUCCAAACUGACAAUCAAGUCCUGACAUUAUAUAUAUAUAUAUAUAUAUAUAUAUAUAUAUAUAUAUAUAUAUAUAUAUAUAUAUAUAUAUAUAUAUAUAUAUAUAUAUAUAUAUUAUAUGUAAAUGUGUAGGUGUGGGAAAUGCUGUGAUGUGUUGGUCGUGGUGCUGGCGAGACAAAUGGCAGCAGCAGCGGUCUGGCUGGUGCUGCGUCAGGAGGUGCUGUGCCUGCCCCUCACUGCACUGCUCAUCAUCAGCGUGUCCAUUGAGGCACAGCAUUGUACAAAUUGUUAAGCCCUUUCUCUCUCUCUCUCUCUCUCUCUCUCUCUCUCUCUCUCUCUCUCUCUCUCUCUCUCUCUCUCUCUCUCUCUCUCUCUCUCUCUCUCUCUCUCUCUCUCUCUCUCUCUCUCUCUCUCUCUCUCUUCCUUUCUUCCAUCUCGAGCCACCGUCACAUCCACCUCAUGCAAUAUUCCUGGAUGCAGCCGCUUAUAUGUUGACAAAGUGAUUUUUCUACUGUAUGUUACAAGCCUGAGGGUGUUGCCUUGGUCCCCAGCAGGCAGGUUUGUAUCUCCCUUUGUUUGUAUCAUUGUAAAGUUUGUAUGAUAUGUAAGUUUUGUGUUUUCCUCACAUUUUGUUGUUUUAUUUAUUUUUUUUUGUAAGGUCACACUCAGAAGCAGCGGGUCGACCGUGACUUUCUGGCAGUAUUUUAGGAUAUAACUUGGAGGAUGUGAACAUUUUUAUUAUUGACAAAUUUUACAUAAAAUAAUUUUACAAG